AUGCAGCCGCAACCUGAAAGGACAUCCGAUCAAAGCACAGAUAUUGCCCUCCAGACAAGUCGGUCUGAUGACGGUAGCACCAGCGACUCCGAGCAACCAGGCGGAACUGAGUACUCUGGACAGAUAAGCGAGCUCGAUGCCAAGGUCAACAGGCUGCUCAGGGAAAAGGAGUCGCUGAUUCGGCAAGCCGAGACCCGCGAGCGGGAGAUUAUUGAUGACCUCAACAAACGUGCAAACCACCAUAACCAUCGCGUGAGUAGGCUUCGCGACCAGGCCAGGAACCAGAAGACAGUGAUCAAGAAGCUUGAGCAACAGAUUUACGUGCACAAGGAGAAGAUUGCAAAACUCCAGGCUAUGGUAAUUGCCAGGCAGGAAUCGGCUCUGGAAUCUCUGAAUGCAGGAAAAGGCCUAGCACCGAUGGAUGACCAUGAGGUUCAAGGUGCUCUGAUUAGGUUGCAAGAGAACAUCCGCUCCUGGGCCAGAAAGUAUGCAGUGUCAGAUGUGGCAAGGCUGGAAAACGUGUCAGAAGCAGAACUGGAUCUGGUGGUCGUGGACCUAGGUACAUACUGCAGCGAGCCAUCAUGGUUGUCCCUGGUCAACAGGCUCUCUAUUUCGGUCGACAAAAUUCCAGCAAUUCUCAUGCAAGCCGCUCUAGCCAAUAUGGUGUUCGAAUGGAUAUUUGGAAACCCAUUUUUUCUUUUCAGACGCAUGGAAACUACCGAUUCUCUGCCAUUGUCUGACGGUUUGGGACAGAUUUAUGGUCAGAUGAGACUAGUCGAUGAAGUGGAGGGCCAUGCCUGGCGCUCGCAGAUGUUGCGAGUUCUCUGCUUACCCUCGGGCCAAAGUGCAAAGUCGUUCCUACGCGGUCAGAUUGACAGUCUCAGCAGUGACCUCGCACAAUUCUUUCUAGACAGCUCUGCCAAUGCCCUACUAGAAAAGUCCGGGGGCCCUCUUGCCCUCUACCAUCGCGUGAACGAACUUGAGAACGUGCUUGCAGGAGCCGCUCAUCUGGCUUUAUCUCUUUGGACCCAGCGUACAAACAUGAUCUGCUACAGCCUCGACCAGGUAGACUACUUUUGGAACGGGGAUCCGAUUGCGGAAGCGCAUCGCCUUCACCAUCUUGAUGAUGACGAUGGGCGCCUAGAUGGCACUGAUAUCGUGCUCUUUGUGCAGCCUGCUUUAGUAGCCUUUGGAUCUGUGCAUGGCGAGCAUGAUGAUGAGUCAAAGAUAUGGGCUGCAGCAACUGUACUGGUCAGUGAUAGAAUUGCAGAUACCGAGCCGGACCAGUCUUUCGAAAUGAGCAGCUCUAUCAAAGCAGAAGAACUUGAUCAGGGGAAGAUUUUUCCAGAAACAGAGAGCUCCACCAAGCUAGCACCAAGCUAG